AUGUAUGAUUGGUCUGGGCGAUUCGAAGACGAUACGCAUGAACGAGAUCUUCCCUCUACUGAGAAGCUUCAAUUUCCACAAGCUUCCAACCUUAAAGUCAAUUUUGGAGUCAAAGUCAAUGAAGGGCAACAUCGAGAUGACAUCAGAAAAGACGUAGCUUACCGUUGGGGCGACGACAAAGACAGAAAUGGUGAACGUGGAGUUGAGUGCGGAGACGAGGAUAAAGAGUACGAUGACAAUGACGGACACGGUAGGGAAGAUAGCGAUCAAGAUGAAGAGAAUGUCGACGACGAUGAUGAGAGCGAUGAUGAGCAUGACGAUGAGGACGAAAGCGAGGACGAAGUCGGUAGUGAAGACGAAGACGAAGACGAAGACGACAGCGAGACAGCGUACUCGUACGAUGAGCUUCAAGAUAGCGACUAUGUUGACGACCCAAACGCUUUUGAUAGUGAUGACGACGAUAGUCUUCUAGAAGAUUACUAUGACUUGACACAUUUCAACGACUGA